AUGUUAUGUACGGCACUCAAACAAAUUGCCAACAAUGACAAUGACAAUGACGAGGAACCAGAAGGCGUCAUACACAAUGACGUUACAAGAUACUUGAUCAAGACGAUCAAACGCACUCUUGCACAAUGCCUCAAGACCAACAAUCAUCUAAUGUUUGGAUAUAUCAUUGAUCACUUGCGACUGCCAUUGCUAAAUACUGGCGACCCCAACACCAACACCAGUCCUCUGUCAGACUUGCACUUUAAUGAAUUCAUCAAAGACCUGCAUCUGGGCAUUGAACACGACAAGAUCUACUUGAGCCGUGCAUUCAUUAACUUGAUCAUCGAUGCGCCCUGGCCUGCACCAACCUCACUCGUCAAGCUAAUGGCCAUCUCUGCGCUGGGUCGACAUGCAGACGUCAACCUGUUCAAAGAGAUAGUGACACGAAACUGGCGACAUCGUGCCGUUAUACUCUAUCACAUGGGCAUGCCCGCCUCGGUUGGAGAGCUGGAGAAGGACGAUCACAAUCGACUCUUUGUUCAAAUGGAGAUUGGACAUGGACAGGCAAGAGACGAGGACAUCCUCCAGCUGGUUGACUUCUAUCACACACUGACGGAAACACGUGAGCUUGAGGGCAAGUUCUAUCUCAAGCUGCUGGGUCUGGCUUUGCUCAACAGGCGAUGUAGUGUGGCCUUGCGACUCGUGGAGCUUGCCGAUAAACAAACAGAGUUGGUCAUCUAUCACAAGUUAUUGGCAGAGUAUGCAGAUGCCAGUGUGCUCGACGCACUCGACUAUCAACUGCCAGAAAUUUCAGUUGACCAGAAGUUCGUAUUGGAUGAGCUAUUGGCAAUGGCUGCACAAAAUGGCAAUAUGGACUACCUUCAACAUAUCCAUCCUCAACUUGUUGAGACCAUCAGUGAGAUGGACUUGUCCCAGCAUCCCGAUGAAUGUCCAUUCUCCAUUGGUCGCGUAGACCUUUUAAAAAAGGCAUUGGACAAUGGACACUUUGAAUGUGCUCGUUAUCUCAUCGAAUAUUAUGGUCCAUUACGAAUCAAUGCCAUGGGAACAUACCAAGAAUACACUCGAUGGUCCAUCCAUGGACUACAGAUGAAUGAUUCAACAGUGGAUAUGAUCAGCUGGCUCCUGGAAACCAAUGAUCAAUCAGAAGAUGUUGUAACAUUUAAAAUCAACAAGUUGUUUAAGCAGGCGAUAAUGGCCAGAAGAAUGGAUGUACUCGUGCGGUUGGAACAGGCGGUCUCUGAUCCACGCUUGGCGGUAUCAAUGCCACAUUUACAGAAUGAUUAUUGUUCAAUGGUAUCGAUUCAUAAUACAUUGAAUGAUGCCAUCAAUCAACAAUACUCUGAAGCCAUUCAAUUCCUUUUGAUCAAUCAUUUCUCAACAACAACAACUGCAACAAUGAAGAAUGGAGAAGACAACCAACCAAGAUCAUUAUUAUUGGAUAUGGAAGAUAUAUCAAAGUGCGACUUGGAUACUCAACGCCUGGUAUUCUCAACUCUCAAACCUGGCCAGAUCAGAGUGAUGUAUCCCAAGGGUGGCACAUACAAGUCAACUUUGGACACAUUGCAAAUGAUGAAUGAGUAUGGACAUUUUGAAGCAGUAGGGACAUGGGUGUCACAGAGCAAGCUGGCCAUGUUCAAGACGGCGGCCGUAUUACCUGGCGGGUAUGACAUCAUGACCGGGCUUUACGAUACCCCUCACACGGCUCACCUCAGCCUCUUUGAGGAGGCGAUGAGUGGCAUGAACAAGGAGGCCAUUGAUUUCCUGCUGAGCACAGACGAUCACCUUCAACGCCACCCUGUGGCCAAAGCUGGAUACUUCCUCUUUGAUGAUGUAGUCUCCUAUCUUGAGUCCUGCAGACGAUAUCAUACACAUGCCGAACGUUAUUGCGACUUCUUCCCCUUUGUCUGGGAACGCAUUGAUCCAGACAACAAGCUCGACACUGAAUCAAUCAAACGAAUGAUGUCGGCAGUCAAUAUCAACCUGCCUUUGUACAUGACGUUGUUAGACUUGGUCAGUGAGCUGCCGACAGCUUGGUCCAAAUCAUUCAUCCCACCGCCCAAACUAUCAUGGAUAGCUGGAUAUCAAAUCCUGAACAAAGACACAGUCAUCACCGUUGAUGCCAACAUACAGCCAUUCAACAGGCAUAGCCAGGUCUAUCAGACGAAGUACAGUCCAAUUGUCCAGCCAUUAGCCAAGCACAACUACAAGUCCUACCAACGUCUACUAAUUGCCAAUGGACUAGUUGUGUCAUCCAUGCAUUAUAGAGUCAACACGGAAUAA